AACCCCGCCAGCUGGAACUGGUUAAAACCGGUUCCAUCUCGCCCAAAAUUUCCAUCACUCGAACGCCCAACGACACGGACAGUGGACGUGGAUUUCGCGUUCUGGGCAUGUUUGUCACAUUGUCCCUGUCGAAUUUUGAGCAGUUGGAGCAAUUUAUGGUUCAUGCCAGCUUUUCUGCGGAUUGUUGGAAUCUUGUAGAUGAAAAAGUAUUAUGUGUUUCACAAGAGGACGUCUCGUGGAAGCUAAUCGUUAGGCAGAAUACUAGCACGAUUCCAGUAACGUUCGCGUUGUGCAGCUCGUCUCCGUAUCUUACAAACCCCGUAAUAAACAUUUGGCUGCAAGCUCGACGUUGAUUGGCAGAUGAAGGUUAUACCAGAAAACAUGACGACGCUAGCAGAGCAGUCAGGAAAACUGCUUGAUUUUAGCCAGAAGCUAGACAUCAAUCUGCUAGAUAGUGUUGUUGGAUGUCUUUACAAUGGUGCUGGCACACAGCAACAAGUUGCCCAGCAGAUUCUGACCAGCCUCAAAGAACACCCUGAUGCCUGGACUCGGGUGGACACUAUCCUGGAAUAUUCAAAUAACCCACAAACUAAGUACUACGGUCUGCAAAUAUUAGAAAAUGUGAUUAAGACGCGAUGGAAAGUACUUCCCAGAACCCAGUGUGAAGGCAUAAAGAAAUUCAUAGUGGGCCUCAUUAUCAAGAUCUCAUCUGAUGCCACAGCAAUGGCGACAGAGAAGAUGUACCUGGGGAAGCUGAACAUGAUCCUGGUCCAGAUACUGAAGCACGAGUGGCCAAGGAAUUGGCCUACAUUCAUCAGUGACAUAGUUGGAGCAAGUGAGACAAAUGAAUCUCUGUGUCAGAACAACUUGGCCAUUCUAAAGCUGCUCAGUGAGGAGGUGUUUGAUUUCUCAAGUGGCCAAAUGACGCAGGCAAAAGCCAAGCAUCUUAAGGACAGUAUGUGCAAUGAGUUUUCAAAAGUCUUCACCCUGUGUCAGUUUGUCAUGGACAAUUCACAAAAUAUACAUCUUGUAGAUAGCUGUUUAGACACACUUCUGAGAUUCCUGAACUGGAUUCCCCUCGGUUACAUCUUUGAAACUAAGCUAAUCAGCACCCUCAUUUACAAAUUCAUGAAUGUACCCAUGUUCAGGAAUGUCACCAUGAAAUGCCUGAUGGAGAUUGCUGGUGUUAACGUCAGCCAGUACGAGCAACAGUUUGUGGUGCUCUUCACUCUUGCCAUUACUCAACUGAAACAGAUAUUGCCACUCACCACCAACAUCAAGAGUGCAUAUGCCGACGGAAAGGAUGAGGAUCAAAAGUUCGUCCAGAACUUGAGCAUGUUCUUGAGUACGUUCUUCAAGGAACAUGUGACACUGAUCGAGAAGAAGAUGGAGUUGCAUGAAAUACUCUUGGAGGCCCAUCAUUACCUGCUACUGAUUUCGGAAGUGGAGGACACUGAGAUUUUCAAGAUCUGCCUGGAGUACUGGAACACGCUUGCCUCGGAUUUGUACCGUGAGAGUCCCUUCUCCUCUACCACACCAUCCUCGCCACUGCUCAUCGGCAGUGCUACACAGGAGAUACCACCCAGGCGGCAGCUCUACCUGGAUGUUCUGUCCAAAGUGCGACGUGUGAUGAUCUCCCGCAUGGCCAAGCCAGAAGAGGUGCUUGUGGUGGAGAAUGAGCAAGGAGAAGUGGUCCGGGAGUUCAUGAAAGACACCGACUCCAUCAACAUGUACAAGAACAUGAGGGAGACGCUCGUUUACUUGACACAUUUGGACUAUGCAGACACAGAGCAGAUCAUGACUGAAAAACUGACACUGCAAGUCAAUGGGGUAGAGUGGUCAUGGAAAAACCUGAACACACUGUGCUGGGCCAUCGGUUCCAUCAGCGGCGCCAUGCAUGAGGAAGAUGAGAAACGAUUCCUGGUGACUGUCAUCAAGGACCUCCUGGGGCUGUGUGAACAGAAACGGGGCAAGGACAACAAGGCCAUCAUCGCCUCCAACAUCAUGUAUGUGGUUGGGCAGUACCCCAGAUUCCUCCGAGCCCACUGGAAGUUCCUCAAGACUGUUGUGAACAAGCUCUUUGAGUUCAUGCAUGAAACACACGACGGCGUGCAGGACAUGGCUUGCGACACGUUCAUCAAGAUUGCCCAGAAGUGUCGGCGGCAUUUUGUGCAGGUCCAGGUCGGCGAGGUGAUGCCGUUCAUUGAGGAGAUCCUGAACACCAUCACAACCAUCAUAUGUGAUCUUCAGCCCCAGCAGGUACACACAUUUUAUGAGGCAGUGGGAUACAUGAUUAGUGCCCAGACAGACAGUAUGGUACAGGAGCACCUGAUAGAGAAAUACAUGCUACUGCCCAACCAAGUAUGGGAUGGAAUCAUUCAACAGGCCACCAAGAAUGUGGACAUUCUUCGUUCCGAGGAAAUUGUGAAACAGCUUGGCAGUAUUUUGAAGACAGACGUCAGAGCAUGCAAAGCAGUCGGUCAUCCAUUUGUUGUUCAGUUGGGUAGAAUCUAUCUGGACAUGCUGAAUGUGUACAAAUGCAUGAGCGAGAAUAUCUCGGCAGCAAUUACCAGCAAUGGGGAGAUAGUCACCAAGCAGCCACUAAUUCGCAGCAUGCGUACCGUCAAGAAGGAAACCCUCAAACUCAUCUCAGGUUGGGUCAGCAGAUCUACAGACCCAGUUAUGGUUUGUGAGAAUUUCAUCCCACCUUUGCUGGAGACAGUACUGGCAGACUACAAGAAAAAUGUCCCUGCUGCCAGGGAACCAGAAGUCCUGAGCACAAUGGCAACAAUCGUCAACAAGCUGGAGAAUCAUAUCACGGACGAGGUCCCCAAGAUCUUUGAUGCCGUGUUUGAGUGCACCCUGGAGAUGAUCAACAAGAACCUAGAGGAGUACCCGGAGCACCGUACCAACUUCUUCCUGCUGCUUCAGGCCGUCAACAAUCAUUGCUUCCCGGCACUGCUGAACAUCCCAGCCCGCCAAUUCAAGCUGGUGCUGAACUCCAUUAUCUGGGCGGUCAAGCACACCAUGCGCAAUGUCGCAGACACCGGUCUGUCUAUCUUGUAUGGAUUACUGCAGAAUGUGUGGCAGGACAACUCAGCAGCACAAGGCUUUUACCAGACAUACUACACCGACGUCUUACAGCACGUCUUGUCAGUUGUAACUGAUACAUCGCAUACAGCUGGUUUGACCAUGCAUGCCAGCAUUUUGGCCUACAUGUUCAGCAUUGUGGAGACCAACAAGAUCACAGUGCCACUGAGUGCAAGCCAGGGCAGCCAGUCUAAUGAGUUAUAUAUCAAGGAGUUUACAGCCAGUUUGCUGAAGUCGGCAUUUCCCCAUCUUCAAGAUGUCCAAAUCCAGAUAUUCGUGAAGGGCCUGUUCAACCUCAAUCAGGACGUCCAUCCGGCCUUCAAGGAGCAUCUGCGAGACUUCCUGGUGCAGAUCAAGGAAAUUGCAGGUGACGAUACAUCCGACCUGUUCCUGGAAGAGAGAGAGGCUCAGUUGAGGCAAGCUGCCGAAGAGAAACGCAAGAUCCAGAUGUCGGUGCCGGGCAUCAUCAACCCCCACGACAUGCCGGAGGAGAUGCAGGACUAGGGGAACCAUUGCACCUCUCGAACGUGCAAAGUCUGAUCUGCCCUUGUGAUGAAGAAAGAACUCGUUGCUGCAUUCGCAAAUGCGUGACCCUAGUCUUGAAGACAGCUUCCAGAGACAGCCAUCCUUGAAGCAUUUGAAGAAUAUAGUGCAAUCGUUGCCAUUAAUGCCACAUUGUCAUUUGCCUAAUAAGAUUGAGCUAUGAGGGUUAAGAUGAGCAGGAUCUCUCAGAGAUCAUGUUGCAGAAAGACUCCCUCCUCUCCUUUUUUAAAGGAGGAGGUAUUAUCAGCCAAUGUUUUGUAAUUUGGCUUGAUUUAGAUCAUGGUUGCAUGCUAGUAAAGAUUAUGUCACCGUACAUCUGAAGACCAGUGGACAACGCAUAACAUAGUCAAUUUUUUUUAUAUCUGUGCUGACCAAACUCAAGUGGUUCACAUUAUCUGUGCAGAUUUCUGACUUCAAAAUGUUUGCAUUAACCAUAGGAAAGAAAAACACAAAUUACCCUUGUAAUUCCCACUUUUGUGAACUACUAUCUUGGCUGGUUUUCACUCAUAUCCUGUCUCAGUUUGCUCUGCCAAAAGGGAACAAUCAUGGUUCGGUGGCAAGAGAAGAAACCUGAUUUUGGAAAUGGAGGUUGAAUCCUGAAUCAUUUUUCAUUUUUUGUACGGGAGAAUUAUUAUUCAGUUUGUACAUAUCUGUAUAAAAGGUAAUAGUUAUUGGGUCAUGUACAUGAUUUUUGAUGCCAAAAUUAAGACAUGAAGUACAUACAAUGCUUGCAUGCCAAUGGAGAAUUAGAGCCAACAUUAGAUUGAGAUGGAACACACAGUACAGUGGAACAAAUAUCAAGGUAUACAUGUGAGUCUAAUUAUUGGAAGAUGGGUUGUAAAACACUGGUUAAUCAAAGCUUUGAACGAGUGUAGGUUUCUGUUUUAAACAAAAUUGUCUAGUGCUUAAAAGAAGUGAUGUUGAUAGUGGCACUAGAGAGGAGACCGGAAUUGAAGUUAAUAAUAGCCUUCCCUACUGACGGCAUUCGCUGUUGAUGCUUUGUGGGAUUUCCAGUCAUAUUGACUGUUUUCCUAAAUUUGAUACAUAAAAUGUACAUAGUAUAAAUACGUUUUCAAAAAGAAAUUGUUGUUGUUUCUUAUGUUGGAUGGAAGUUGAGCGGAAAACAUGCUAUGAAGGUUCCUAAAAAUCAUCAUAGUGAAGAGUGUGGAUGUGAAAUUGUUGAAAAUCCUUUGUAGAAUUUUGCAUUGAGUGGAAGGUUGUGUACAGAUUUUGUUUCCACUAGGUUUUUGUUGAGUAGCUUGUGCCUUAGAUUGCUGGUGACUAUUAACAAGAUUUCUCUCUGAAUGUCUUUCCCCCUCUUUCCCCGAACACCUUGACUCUGUCCAUUUCAUUUAUAUUUGAGUAGAAGUGGUAAUUUUUUUUUCACAUUUUUUUUACCAAAGAUGUAAAAAAGGAAAAAGUAUCUGAUUGUUGGUCACAUAGUACUUAUUACAGAACUGUUAUUAUGCAGAGACAAAUGGAUGACACCCAAGCUACUUUUUUGACUUUCUAGCGACUUGACAGCAGGUUAACUCUUCAAAUUUAAAGACACACCUUGCUGCAUUGUAUUAGUAAAGAUGACUCUUCCACUUCAGACAUCAUAAAACUUUUCAAGAGUAUAAUCCUUACGGAAGAUGUGGAGAGAUUCUGUGUUGCUUGCAUCAUAAAUACUUUCUUGUAUUAAAGGAUAUCUAUGGAAAGAAAAUGGGGCUUACAAGUUUGUUUAGGGCUGUAUGUAACACGGGUCAACUUUUUUCAGUGCCUAUUCUGAAUAUUUGUAGCAAUACCCCUUCCUUAUAACAGUGACCAUACCUGUUUCUUUCUGUUUGGGUACGUUUUGUGGCACUGGUGGAUGUAGUGAGGGGAACAUGAUUACUUGGAUUAUUUCUUAACCUUGCCCAUGUAAGAUUGAAUAGUCUGCAGCAGUUUAGCAGGUGUUUGCUCUUAGGCACUUACAGCUUGGUCAAUACACCUGUAAGAUAAUGCCAUGCUUUGUCUACAUGUGCACUUUACUAUGACAGUCAGAGGGGCCAUGAUCCGUCAAGCCCCCAUAGAGAAGUGCACGUGUAAUCAGGAUCUGAUUUCUAUUGCACUACAGUGGAGUAUACACAGACUUAAAAUUUGGACUGUACGCACGCCCAGUGGAGUGAGGUUUUUGGAGAUGGAGAUAAUGAACAUUGUUACAAAGAAUGAUUGUAUUGAACAUCUUACCUAGAUGUGUAGGCAUACGUAUGUGUGAAUGUUAGUGUUAAUGCCAGCACUGAUCCUGUGCAUGAUGCGUACACUUGGAUUUUCUGAGGCAUAUGGCCAUUCAGUGGAACAACCUGACCAAAGUGUUUAUCAAGUCCAAAUGAAAGUGAGUACCAAGUACCAAAAGAAGACUGAAUUAUAUAGACUACAGAAAUUCCAACAGGUACUGUUAAUUUAUUUUGUAGUGUUGUGGCUUAGACAAUUUCCAACAGAAAAAUUUUGGGCCCUUUUCUUUGGCCGUUGUCAAAUGUAAUAUGAAGGAAUGGUUUGUGACUUGUGUAUUCGGGCACGGUGUAUUGUGCAUGUAAAAUAAAGCAACUGAUACUUGUAUAACAGGAACUAGUUAGACUUGCCAGUUUGUUUCUCUUUAUUUAGAAUUAGUAGAAUGCAGCAGUUCAGUUUUCUGGGAUUUAAUAUAUGAGGGACAUUUUAAGAAGAUCAGUGUCUCAGAAAAACUUAUUAGGAAUCUAAGGCUGCAUCCGAAUCUCUUGUCUAGAGCUAGGUCUAGAUCUUCACUCCAUUGGAAAUGCGUGGAGACGCGUAGACAAUAGACCCAGCCAUAGCUCUGGAAGCCUGUUUUGGACACGGCCUAACAUGAAUAAGACCCACUGUAAUAUUAGCUGCUUAUUUCUGGACAAAAUGAGAGAGGAAAGAUAUCAGAACCGUGCAUUUGAGCAAAUGUUUAAUUCACAGAGUUGUCUCUUGUCUUCUUUGUUGAAUAUUUUUAUAUAUAUGUAUAUUUGUGUUAGUAUUUUGACACGUUAAUGUCCCAGGCAUGUGCACCGUCCAUUCUGAUGCUUGCAACUCCAUCGUUAAAGCGUAAGAGUGAGACAUUUUUGUUAUGGUUGCUAAAACUCAAGAGUCCUAAUAAAAUUAUUCUUUUACUGGAAAAUUUA